ACGACGUCAUUUUUUUUUUUCUCAUACAAAGGGGCAUCACCCCUCCCCCUUCCUCCUCCCAACCAAAUUUGGGGUGCCAGGAACCUACAGCCAUGAUGACAAUACAAACUAAGAUCACUGAUUGCUCCUCACACCAAAGGGAAGAUAUAGGCUCUCCUUCUGAGAUGAUGAGAAGUCACUCAAUUUUGAAAGAUGAAUUCAUUUUAGAAGAAAGUCGUCCUAAAGAGAUCUUCUCCGGGAGUGAUCCAGCUUCCAGCACGAGCAGUGGCAGCCUGUCUUCAUCAUCUCCCCGAGAUCUGUCUUUCCCACAGCCUUCUCCCACAAGAUCUUUAAGACAUGAUCUUACCCUGUCAACACUUCAGGAACAGCAUAUUAGCACUAGUUUCCUGGUAUCUGAGACUCUAGCGAACGCUGAUGGAAAGCCACUGAUUAUGAAGCCACAUAAAAGGCUGAGAAGACGAUCCGACAAUUCCUUAUCAUCUUCUCUUGAGUCAGACAUUGAUGAGCUUCGGACAGAUAAAGCAGUUUCUAGAUCUAACAGUCUGAAAAAGUCAGAUGGAAGACCGGGCAGAAUUAAUCAGGAACCAACCACUUUACCUAGUCCAUUUGCUGUGUUUAAAAGCCAGAGCAUGGAAAGCAUAUCACCAAGGGUUCAUUCUGAGAGUUCCUUUCACCAGUUGGUAUCUGCAGCUGGUACUGAAAAAUCAAAUUCUGAGGGAAACCUGGAUUCAGUUCCGAAUGAGCAUUUGCGAAUUGUCAGUGCUGGUCCAUGUCAUUCUACCUCAAAUAAAAAUGCAGCUCAGUCUGCAGCCAUUGAGAAUCCUGCUAAAUAUAUAAAAGCAUCCAAAAAACUUGUCAUUAAGCCUGUUAUUGGAAAAACAAGGGCAUUAACCAAAACUAGAGUAGACAGCAGUAAAAGUUUAUUAUUAGAUGCUUCUGUGAAGAAGAGAGAUGGCUCUGACCAAAGACCAGAACAUAAAUCUGUUACUGAUGCUCAGCUAAAGUCAGUGAGCAGAAACGUCAAAGAUUCAUUAGUAGCAGAUGCAAUCAAGCCACAGGUGAAGACAAAUUGUGGAGCAAAGAAUAAACUUGUAGCUACCCUCAGUAGGGAACAUUCAACCAUAAAGACCAGUUCUGUGACUGAUGGUUUAAGUACUCACUCUUCAUCCCCAUUAAACCCUCAAGUUUCUAGACCAACUAAUUUAACUACAUCUGUAAUAAUUGAUGAGCCAGCAAGAAAGCUGUCGUGUGGAAUGGAGCAAAUAUUUAAUACUGAAGAACCAAAUAAACCCAAAGGUGUAAACAAGCAGAGAUGUAAAACAAACAUUUUGUUGCAACAGUUAAGUAUUAAGGAACAAAACUGUGUUGAAAAGGAGACAAAACAAUGUCUUGUAACAGAAACUGUUGGAGAAGAGUGUAAGAGAAAAUCUGAUAAGUUUGUACAGUUUAAUAUGCAGAAAAAUGUACAAAGUGAGAAAAAUAUUACAACUGCUGCUAAAUGUCCCUCAUCCCACUCUCGGGGUGACAUGGAACCCACUGCAUUAGUUGCAAAAUCAGGUAGUAAUGGUCUCACAUUGGCAUCAAUUGAACCGUUAGAACAAAGUGUUCUUUCAGGCUCUGCCAAGAAUACAAUUUCUAAAUCAAUUUCUUUUCUACAAGAAGUUGAUAAUGAAAAGUCACAAGUUUCUACAGAUCAAGAUUCUUUGCCAAAAUAUGGUUAUAAUAAUAAAAACCAUUAUUUUACAACAGUCCAACCAAUGCCAAAUUUUACUCCUAAUACUUCCGACUCACAUUUGCUGCCAUUCAAUAACCACAUCUAUUCUUUGGCUUCUAGACCAAAUAGUCAACUACAGUCUACCUCUAUAGAUCCAUUAAUUUCAGCCAGAUUUCAGGGAAAUGCCAAAAUGACUAUGCAUGCUGCAGUAGAGAAGACAGAUGCUGUAAUCUGCACUCCAUUUAUAGUGAAUCCAUUUGAAGAAUUUUUACAGCCUCAUGUUAGAGAUUUUGAAACUUCAACAAAAGAUGUAACAGUCAAAGGGAAGAAGCCCAGUUGUAGCAAGAUUGCAAAUAAAAAUAUAAAGAAAGCCGUGGCGUCAUCUAAAAAGAGACAGCCUAUAAGCAUUUUAAGGCAAACCUCUGCAGGUAAGAAGCAAUGUCCAAAGACAAAAGAUCUAAAAAUAGAAAAGGAAUUAAGACCAAAGAGUGGUAGAAAGUCUGUAAAAGGACAAAGAUGCAAGAAAAUUGAGAGAACCAUUGAGAAUGAGACAACCCCAGAAUCUGCUAAACCUAACACCACUCUUGUGUCAGGUAUUGGCUGGCAGUUGUCCACUUCUCGUGCAGGGACAUCAACAGUUGAGGUGUCCAGUGAUCUUCAUUUGUAUUCUAGUGACUCAGACUUCUCAUUAGACCUUGAUGAAAAUGAAAAUUCUGCUUAUGAAAGCGAUCACAUUGAAGAAGAGAUGUUAAACAAAGAGCCGUUUCAUGCCUUUAGUGAUCAAGUUUUAAACAGUUCUCCUAAAAGAAUAGAAGUGGCAAAUCAGCUAAAGCCUUCUUUAAAUAUUAAACCAUCUGAAGGUGAAGAAGUGCCACCAAUGAAGCAAAAAAUGACUGUAGAUAUUUGCGGGAGCUCUGAACAAUGCAGUAAAACUAGUGAACACAAUUUUAUUGGCAGUAGCAAAGUCCGUGUCUUGGCCAUCUCACCAUCUGAAGGUUCUCCUGUAUCUAAUGAUGUUGAGGAAGAGAUGUUCAACAUGCUCAGUCCUACUCCUGAAAUAUACUUGCCAAAACCUACAAACAUCUCAGAUGUUGAAAUAAAUUGUCAGGAAAUAACCUCACAUUCUGCUGCCACUCCCCAGUCAGCUGAAGAAAGCAAGAGAUUUGAGGAUACUUAUCUUCCUUAUAAUAUCUCAGAAGAACCUGCUGAUUCUGAGCAUCAACAUGAUAGCACUGUGGUUGAUGAAAACAACAAAAGCAAGACAAAUAUAAAGUAUGAAUACAGACCCUCAGGUAAAGUAGGCAGAAGUCAAAGCUUGAAAGAAUAUCACAACACUGGCAAAGAAAGAUCUGAUAAUAUAACAGUUUCUGAAUCUUAUAAACAGCAGAACAAUGCAGAAAGCAGCUGUGACAGAAAUGAAGAUGUAGAUGAAAUUAUUGAAGAGAUUCUUUCAACAACCACUUCAUCUUUGACCUCUACCAUAAGAAACUGUAAAAUUCGUGAGACAGUUUCUUAUAAAUCAGGGACUCAUUCAUUGACUGAAAGUGACAAACACUUACUAAUAAGAAUGUCCCAGUCUGUGUAUGCAUCACCUUUUCAUGCCACAGCAUCUUUGUCUUCUAAGCUACGUUCAACAGGGGCACUUAAUAAUUUAUCUGAGGCACCAGUGAGUAAAGUAAGCUCUUCAGAUGCAGGAGAUUCAGAAGAAUCAAGUAUACGCAGUCAAAGUCCCAGCCCUCCACCUUUAGCUGAAAGGCAGCAGGGCCAUGAUUCUGGUGCACCAUCUGUCUCAAACAAGCCACCACCACUGAUAAAAUCUUCUUUGAAGGAGGCGGGGACUUCAAAGUCAGUUAUUCUUGGAAGGUCGUCAUCCUCCAGGGAACAUGGGAGGCACUAUCAGAAUUCUGUAAGUUCAUUUUUGAAAUCACUGGCAAGAAGAAUGUGCUUUAGUGGUACAAGAAUCACAGAUGAGGGAGCUAAACAGUUGUUCAAGAUUCUUUCCAAUUUUAAAAACAUGGGACUUCAAGCCAGCGCUAACUUCAUAGAAAGAUCAGGUGGUUCAGCAAAAUGCCUUUCCAGAAAUGUUCGAAACAGAUUCGAAAGUAAUGACCAUAGCAGGUCACCAUCUGUAUUAGCAAGUGCCUCAUUUAGAUCCAAGGGCAGGUUUCAGGAGGUCAAGGAUGAUGCUGAAAUAAGAAUCUCCUUACAGGUCACAGAUGAUAUCAGU